ACAUGAUAAAGGAAGCGGAAAUAAGCUUGUAUAGCUUAUACAUUUUAAAAUUUUAUCAUCAAUUCUUGUCCUACAGUUGAUCAACGACUACUGUAGUGAUUAUCAGUGAUAGAUCAUGGCACACUGGUUUCACAGAAAUCCCCUUAAAGCUUCAGGCCCUGUCAGUUUUGAUCUACGAAGUGUUGUUUCGAGUAGUGAUGCCCAAAAGAUUUGCAGUGAUGCAAAAUUGACAAGAGCGAGAAUAUUAGAUCUUUUGAGCAAUCCAAAUAAUACAAUUGAUAACUUGGAAGCGGCGGCAAAGAACUAUGGAGAAUUGUUAGCGGGCUUUGUAACAGAUAUUGAAGAUCCCUCAGCUGAUAGUAAACUAAGAGAAAUGAUCUUAUUUAGAUGGACAAAUACUCUUACAGGCUCCAAACCAACAGAAAAAAAGGACAGUAUUUUUGAGUUGGCAAGUAUACUGUUUAAUUUUGCUCUAUGGUAUACUAAACAUGCGGCCAAGAUUGCAGCAAAAGAUGAGCCAAAUAUGGAGGAAGCAAAAGAAGUUCAUAAGUGCUUACGUAUCAGUGCUGGAAUUUUCAAGUACAUACAAUCGGAACUCGUACCAAAACUGAAAGAAGCGCCUGAAAAGGGUGAAGAUUUGGAGAAUCGUAUUUUGAAUGCUUAUAUUCAUCAAUCUACAGCUGAAGCGCAGGAAGUAACUAUAGCAAGGGCUAUUGAGCUGAAGCACGGAGCAUCUCUUAUAUCUGCCUUGGCGUAUGAGACUUCAAACAUGUAUCAAUCGGCGCACGACUCUAUGAUUAGUUUAGAGGAUCCUAAUCUUCUAAAGUGGAAGAAAUAUCUAUUAUUUAAGAUAAAUAUUUACAUGGCUUACGCAUUUAAUUAUCAUGGAGAAUCGUUAUUAGCAUCAGAUAAGUGUGGAGAAGCAAUAAAAUGUUUACAAGAGAGCAAAAAACAUUUUGACAGUGCAUUAAACUUUGGUCAAGAAUACUCGAAAACAAAAGGUCCUGGAACCACUUGCCGACCUCACGAGCAUUUAUUCUUCAGAAAAUUAGGACCAAUUGUAACAAGAACUCUUGAUAAAUGUGUUCGAGAAAAUGGUUUUAUUUACCAUCAUAAAGUUCCAACAACAACACCAGCUUUGGAAUUAAAAGCUACAUAUGGACUAGCGUCUCCUCAAGACUUUGAAGUUCCCGGACUAAGUAGUUUGUGGACAAAGAAAGCCUACGAAGGGUUUAAAAUAGAAAAGCACGUUCCUGAUCCUAAUGAAAAUAAAGAAAAGGGAAAGGAUGUUCCUCCUGUCAAAGAAGCCGAUAUUUCGCAAUCAAAAAAAGAUCCCGGAAAUUCUAGUGGAUGUGUAAUAUCAUAA